AUGUCGCAGAAUCCUGAGCCAUCGAGAACUGGCUCUAUCAUAUUACACUCGACGUCCCUCUCUAGUACUGAUUCGGAAUCACUUAUAUCACGGCCUGAAUCACAACGUCCCCAGAAUAGAGAGUCGGUGAAAACAAGAUCAAGAUCAAGAUCACUUCAGAGCGCUAGGCACAUUGAUAGAAUAUAUUCUGGUCGGCAUCUGGACGACCAGUCCAUUUAUCACAGUGAUGAUGCCGCAUAUGACGACAGUGAUCCGGAACUGGAUGGCUCCUCGGCAGAUAGUAGCGAGGAUAGAGUUAAGACAACUAUUGAAGUCCAAGGUAGGAUAGUGAACGAACGAGACCGGGACCUGGAAAAAGGUGACCAGGUUCCAUCUGGUCUGGAGAAGUCGCGAACAGCGAGGUCUGACAGAUCACACCAAGAUGCAAAAUUGGUCACAUGGAAAGGCCCUGAUGAUCCAGAGAAUCCCAAGAAUUGGCCGAUGAAGAAGAAAUGGGCUUCCGUUAUCACAGUCUCCCUUUUUACGUUCAUAUCGCCAGUUUCGUCGUCCAUGGUUGCGCCGGCUUUGCCAUCUAUUCGAGCAGACUUUAACAUCCAAGACGAGGUUAUAUCACAACUCACCCUGUCCAUCUUUGUCUUGGCGUAUGCAGUGGGCCCGCUCUUUCUUGGGCCACUGUCUGAAAUAUACGGUCGAGUCAUUGUCCUUCAACUCGCCAAUCUGUUCUAUCUAGUGUUUAACAUUGCAUGCGGUGUCGCCCAGAACAAGGCGCAGAUGAUCGUCUUUCGAUUUCUGGCCGGCCUGGGCGGCAGCGCUCCGUUGGCUAUCGGUGGCGGUGUUCUCUCAGACUGCUUUAAGCCGGAACAACGUGGUAAAAGCGUUGCCAUCUACAGUCUGGCCCCUCUUCUCGGUCCAGCUGCCGGUCCCGUUGCUGGAGGUUUCAUCUCUGAAAACACCACUUGGCGUUGGGUAUUCUAUGCUACCUCAAUCGUAGACGGAGUCAUCCAAGUGGCUGGGCUUUUCUUCCUUCAAGAAACAUACGGCCCCAAAAUCCUCCGAGCACGAGCCAAAGCCAUUCGCAAAGAAACUGGCGAUGCAUCAUUCCAAACAGAAGCUGAGCGACAAAAUAAAACCCUUCUCCAAGUUCUCCGUGCAGCACUUAUCCGUCCGUUCCGUCUCAUCUCUACUCAGCCCAUCAUACAAGUUAUGGCGACUUACAUGGCUUUUACCUACGGUACCAUGUACUUCGUCCUCUCCACAUUCCCUGCUCUCUGGACCAGUCCCAAAUACUACAACGAAUCCACCGGCAUCGGCUGCCUGAACUACAUCUCGCUGGGCCUCGGAUUCUGGUUCGGAUCCCAAGUCUGCGCCCCUCUCAACGACCGCAUCUACGGCCGUUUAAAGGCCCGGAACAACAACACCGGCCGCCCAGAGUUCCGUGUCCCCCUCCUAUCUUUAUCCGCCAUCCUUACUCCCGGCGGUCUCUUCAUCUAUGGCUGGACGGCCCAGACCCAUCACCACUGGAUCGCGCCUAACAUCGGCGCCCUACUCUUCGGCAUGGGCAACAUCGUUACCUUCCAAUGCAUCCAGACUUACAUGGUAGAUGCGUAUACGAGGUUCGCGGCGAGCGCUCUCGCAGCGGCUGCGUGUCUGCGGUCUCUGGCGGGCUUCGGAUUCCCGCUUUUCGCACCGUAUAUGUAUAAUAAACUGGAGUAUGGGUGGGGGAAUAGUUUGUUGGCGUUUAUGUCUAUUGCGUUGGGGAUUCCGGCGCCGAUCUUUUUGUGGACGUUUGGGGAGAAGUUGAGGAGGAUGAGUCCUUAUGCGGCUGGUUAG